AUGGCCCUGUCUGUACAGUCGCUAGCGAAUGCUCUCGGCAAGCAGGUCGUGACUGAGUCCUGUGACUUGUGCCGGGCAAAUCAUCGCCUGGAUGUUCACAGGAUCGCGAUUGGAAUGAGAGAAGCCACCAUCAGCUGGACCCGUGGCCUCAAAUCUUCCGAAGAGCUAUUCAAGUCGUACGGUCUACACAGCGGAUUGGACCAUCCCGGCACCGAGGAGGCGAGCCUCGCGGCUCUCAAGAACCGAUCUGGCGGGACUCUAGCCUCUGUUCCGCCUUCGCAGCGACAACACGUACCGCAAAUAUCUCCCUCUUCACCAGCAUCUAAUGGAGACUUCCCGAUGCAUACCGCCGGGAGGAAAGAAGGUCGCCAAACGAAACCGCUCAGCGCGAAGUUGCGAAUGGAGAUGGUCCCCCAGGAGCGCGAGGCCGAGCACAAGAGACGAAUCUGGGAGCUUCAGGCGCAGACCGACCUCGACGAUGCGGGUAUCUCCGCAGGUGGUGAAGAUGAUAACGAGGAAGACGCAAACGAUGAGCACAUUGACUUCUAUCUCGACGAUGACUCCAUUUCCGUCUCCGAACGAACCCGUCCCUUGACCUAUGUCUCGCCACACAGAUCGCACAACAAAUCCAACUCCUCGGCUCCACAAACGCCCUCACUCCUGGGCCCUCUCAAAGUAUAUGCACUACCAGCCAUCCCGCCCGUAUCACCUCUCCACUUCGCCGAGUUUGGUUUCCUGGCUGACCCAGCGGAUUAUUCCCACAGGUUUUCCGGUCUUACCGACGGGCAGCAUGACGCGUUUCCCUCCGAGCCUUCUGAGAAGGCUGCGGAGACGGCACCAGAGGGCGACCCUGAUGGGGAUUUGUUCGGCCCUGCUUAUCGGGGGUCAUCGGGGAUCGCUACACAUGUGGGGCCGGAGAUCCAGGCUGUUGCGCCGCCACGUCCGGCGCGUGUUCCGGUGCGCUGCGUUACUCACGGUGUCAAGAAACAGAAUGGCUGUCAAAGGUGCGAGGUGGUCACAUUUUGGGAGAUUGGUCUGAAGCCUGGAGAGCAUAUGUGCUCUCCUGCGCCCGAGCCCGAACAGUUUUGA